AUGCCAGCUAACUGGCAGCAACGUCGGCACAAUACCGCUGCACCGAAAAGCUUUUAUCAUAACGAAGUAUUAGAUCGGUACGUCGAUCAAAGCGUCAAUCCCAACACCAUUCGCCAACUGGUUUUUUAUGGGCGUCAUAUGACAGACGAUCGCUUGAUCGAUAGUGCCAACUAUGUCCGCACUGAAAUCACCAUCCGCUUGGCCCACCGCAUUCGAGAUUUCCAGAAACUACCAUUUAUUGUUGGUACCAAUCCGCACAUAGAGCGGAUCUAUCGAAUGUACUGGGAGGCAUUUGAAAAGAUUCGUCAAUACCCCGCCAUCAAGACCUUGGAGGAUAAUGAACACUUCUGCGACUUGCUCAACGGCUUGCUUGAUGAUGGUCUUUUUGUCAUACCGGAACUUGCUCUUGGUGCGACAGAAUGUACAGGAUUCAUCGCUCCCGCGUCAUUUGAUCGAUUUAUGAAUACUAUGCUGAGAUCAAGGAUAUCAAGACGGGUCAUUGCUGAGCAGCAUUUAGCCAUUACUGCCAACCACAACACCGCAUGGGAUGAAGAAGGUUAUAUUGGAAUUAUCUUUACUCGAUGCUGUGCACGAGAAAUGGCAGAAAUGUGUGUUGCACUUUCUUCGCAGCAUGUAUUGAAGAGUCACGGUCGAACUGUCAAUGUUAUCAUCGACGGCAGUGCGCGAAAUGAAGCGGUGUUCGCCUAUAUUCCAGAGCAUAUAGAAUACAUCCUGUAUGAAUUGCUGACCAAUUCCAUUCGACAUUCAGUAGAGUGCGAGAACUCGGAAACAAAGACAGUCCGCUUGACCAUUGCUCAGAACAAGACGGACAUCUUAUUUCGUGUGUCCGACAAUGCUGGAGGCAUCUCAAACGAAGUGUUUAAGACGCUGUGGAGUUAUUCCAGUGCACCGAACGACUUCAAGAAAUUCAAGAAUAUAAAGAAGAUGGGAGGUAGCAUGGCUGAACGUGAAAAACAGGCCGUCGACGAGAGACUUGGUUUUGGACUUCCUAUGAGCAAAGUGUAUGCUGAGUACUGGGGAGGUGAACUCAGCGUUCUCACCAUGGAUGGAUUUGGCACGGAUGCCUACGUUAGAAUCCCGCGUCUAGGAAAUCAGGCCGAAAACUUGACUUUGGAUGAGAUUGACGAGGCGGAAUAUUCCAAUCGAAGCGAUACAGCCCUUCUAUCAACGAAUGGCUAUUCUACAAGACCAAGCGCGCUAGUCUCCGCAUGA